AUGUCCUUGACGCCGCACUCAAAAAUGCAGCAGAGACGCUCAUUCAGUGCCUCCAGACAAUGCCAGAGCUGCAGGGAGCUAAGGUUGCAAUUGUCGGAGGGAUGGCAACUACCGGCGAACCCACGUGAGUGGACUGAAGAACCAGCUCUACCAAAUUGUGCUAAUGAGGGCAUACAGGAUGUGGAUGUUCUACUUUUCAGGCCUGACCGUCCCAUUAACUACCAAUUGAUGCGCAAGGAGUUGGUCUCCCGGUUUUCAGGUCUGUUCAAGGAGCGCGCAGAGCCUAUGUUCUUCAAAUACAAACAUACAGACGAGCUUAAGAACAGACAUAAGGCCAAAUGUUCGUACCUAGUGCAGGUGGACAUUAUUCCAGGCUAUUUGGCAAUGGCGCUGGAAGACGUGGGCCCAGACCAUCUGCCUUUUGUGGACCCGUUGGACCUUCUUGCCUACAAGGUCCAUUACUCCAGUAUGCGUUCCUGUCUCGACAAACGAAAACAGGACGCCGAGGACGCGGUGAGGCUCUGGCAAGCUUAUUACGGCGAAGAGUAUGUUCCGCUGAGCGAAGGACAGCGACUCGCCAUCGCUUCGGGGGUGGAUCUGAUGGCGGAAUAUUCCAAGUGGUGUAGCUGGAGAAAGUGGAGGCUGAGACAAUGGGUAAAUGCGUGA